UACACACAGACACAUGUACAUAUAUACACACAAACACACACACACACAGACACAUGUACACACACACAUACAUGUACAUACACGCAGACACGUACAAACACACAUACAUGUACAUACACGCAGACACACCCCCCCCCCAUAAAACGUUGCAGUACUUCGUUGUUCACUCACAGAGCCGGGCACUGCACUUUAGGGGGAGGCAGAGAGCACAGCACACACACUCCUUUCUUUGCUUUCACUGCAGGUAUUGAGCAGUCUGAUAGCUCCCAAUGCCAAUGACAGAUCCGGCCUGAGCUCCACGCCUGCUCAGCAAGACGGCCCUGGGGGACACACUCGCCCCCACCAUAAUUUCCACUCGCCAUUGGCGAGCAGGCGAGUGGAAAUUUCAAGCCCUGCUCUAUGCUUCUAUUUUUA